AUGUCGACGCGGCCGCUGUCUGCUCACCAGAGGUCAGCGUCAAAUGCGCCGGCACCUUCGUACUUUGAAGAGCAGCGAGCAGAGCUCCUGAGAGAGAUAUCCCUGUGGUGGGGUGAUAAGAGCCUCGAAGGAGUGUUGCAGAACAUCAACAAGUUCAACCGGAACCUAGAGAGUAUCAUCACGGUUGGGAACGAACUGAGCUCUGUCGAAGGGCUAUGGUCACAGUUUGAAGGCGUGAUGGACCGGGGAGAGGAGCAGCGCAACCAGGACGUCAAGGAGGAGGAAGAUAGAGACAAGCAGUGA